GAGGAGUAUGUAAUUGUCCCCGGUCACUGUCUGGGGGCUUAACCCGGUUUUACAUUGUGUUACUGAAACAUAACCCCUAGAUACUGAACCUGGCCCUUGUUGCUGCCAACUCUGUCGGGCAGAAGGGUUACAAUAAUAUACACCCUGCUGUCAUGGACACAUUGCUGCUGCUCCACCUCAGACAACGAGCCCCAGCAGCCUAAAUCGUAUCUCUGCAGUUUUUUAGCAAAGCUUCAUCAAUGGGGCCAGAUCCCAGCUGGGGUCAAUGGGCCGUAGCUCCAUUGGAGUCAAUGGGGCCAGAUCCCAGCUGGGGUCAAUGGGCCGUAGCUCCAUUGGAGUCAAUGGGGCCAGAUCCAGCUGGGGUUAAUCGGCCGUAGCUCCAUUGGGGUCAAUGGGGAGCUUCCAAUAUGAAAGUCAGGAAACAGGCUCCAUAGCUUUUAAUCUGGCCAGACAACAAGGGGACCCCUAUGAGGCUUGAAUCGUACUGCAGGGCUCACCCCAGGCAAAGCAGAGCACCACCAGUGAAAUUGGGGGGAGAUAUGGGAGCCCAUCUUCCACCCACAGAUGCUGGGAGCUCUCAGAACGGUUAGGCCAGCUGGUGUCGGUGCACUGUCUGGUUUCAUUCAUGCCCAGGUCUAGCCCACGAGUCUGGUGUCUGUCUUGCAGGUGAAUGUCGGUUCGCUCCUCUUCCCAGUCCAUGCUGCUUCCCUUCUUGAUUCUCCACUUUGCCGUGGCGGCAACCUUGGCACCAGACGUUGUAGCUCAGUUUGAGGGGGACAUCACUCUGAACUGCCUCUUCCCGUCCCAGCCCGGGAUGAACCUCCAGCGUCUGACCCUCACCUGGCAGAAAGAGCAGGCAGGGGCAGAGGCCCUGGUGCUUCAUAGUUACUAUUACGGGAAGGAGCAGCUGGAGAGACAAGACCAGAUUUAUAGGAACCGGACCCAGCUGGAUCCAGAGGGGCUGGCCCGGGGGAAUGCGUCCCUGACACUGAGGGGCGUCCGCAUCCAGGACGAGGGCAUCUAUCUCUGCCACAUCACCUCGGAGCAGGGCAAGAUUUCAGUGAGGAGGCAGGUUGCAGUGAUGGCCCCGUAUUCGGAGGUCCGACUGGAGGUUAGCGUGAGCAGCCAGGUGACCCUGACCUGCCGUGCGGAGGGCGGGUACCCCGAGGCCUCCGUGCUGUGGCUGGACGGAGCCAGGAACAACGUGACGGCGGAGAGCAACACCAGCCUGCAGAGAGACCUCAGCGGGCUCUGUGAUGUGAGCAGCCAAAUCCUCCUGGCCAGGACAGGGUGUGGCAACUACACCUGCGCCCUGGAGAGCCCCAGGCAGCCCCGCGUCGUCCGACACCUGAGCGUCUCCUGCAGCCCAGGUACCCGGGCUGGAAAGGGUCCCAGCGCACGCGCCAGCAGCCGACUUAGUGGCUCGCUCAGACCUGCUGACCACCCGUCCUGUGCUUGUCGUGUUUGGCUUUUUAGCCCCUCCUCCAGGGGAAACACACCCCCACCCUCCGUGCUCUAUGGUGUCAUGGAAAAAGUCACCCACGUAUCGAUUUUGGUUCAGAGACUCAAGCCUGAGGCCCGCCGCCCCUUUACUGAACACACACCAAUGCGUUGGGGGUAGCAGCUAUUAGGAACUGCCCCCCUGAAGCAGAGUAUACCAGAAGCUUUUAAAGUUUAAAACCGCAAACAAAUUACACAUCGUUAAGUAACGAUUGACCAUAUUAGGAAUUAAAUUGCACACCCCUGAGUAGCAGUAACCUUAUUAGGAAAAAGGGAGUCAAGGUCUUUUGGUACUUUUCAUUAUUCUUUUGCAAUUUUGCCGUGGAUGGGUGCGAUUUGAGUUAAGGGCUUUUUGAUGGUUUCCAACGCUGUUACAGUUUUGCCUUUUAUGAGGUGCUAAUUACACAAUUGCCCCUUACAGGGCACAGUUACUCAGUGGGGGUGGUCAUACAAAUGGGGUAGGGGGAGGCAUGGUUACUCAUUUUAGAUGAUUGCUUUACACAAGUAGUUACUACAUUUCAAAAGCAGUAGGCACAUAUUGCAAAUUAUUCUUGUUGCUGGGGCUUUUUUACCCUCCUCCUCUUUAGCCCCUGUUCCCUCCCUGUGUCUCAACCUUUGGCCGCCACUGUCAGGGAGCACAACACUUAGGUUGGUUCAGGCUUGUGGCCUGUUAGCCGCAGGGUGGGCCGAGGCCAAGCAGAAAGGCUUAGACUAAUAGGGCUAGUUUAAUUUCCCCCCCCAGUGAUGAAAUCCCCAUCUGAUUGGUUGCCUUCCUCACUCCUCCCUCCCCUUGGAGGAAAGGGCAGCCAAUUGGAGCUGCCUGAUCCCUCCACAUAUUCUUAGGCCAGAAGGGAUCCUGUGAGCACCUAGUGCAACGUCUGCAGUCCCCCAGCCACGGGCAGGAGCGGCGCCAGGGUUUCUGGCGCCCUAGGCAGAAUUUGG